AUGAUCAAUAAUUCUUUACUAUCAGAAGAGAUUGAUCUAAGUAAGGCUUCUAUAAGAAAUGAUAAGGAAAUUGUUCUUAUGUAAUCAGCUAUGAGAUAUAAAACCAUCAAAAAUAAUCUCCAGUUAGUGAUGAUCCUUAAUUUUAUUUGUCUGGUAGGAACAACGUAAAAUAAAAUUUUUAUUUAAGUUUUGCAAUGGCAUUCUAUUAAUGGUUUUUAAUUGUACUUCCACCUAAUGAUACAAGAAUUUGGUUAAAUCUUUUAUAUGUUUAUGAUAAAGUAGUUGAAAAAUAUAUGAGUUAUAAAACAUAUGAGAAGUCUCAAUAGAAUUUUUGCAAUUAUAUUUCAAAUUUAUCAUAACAACAAUGUCUCCAUGAAUUAGAAAUAUUAGAAUCAAUUGGUAAAAAGUUUAUAUAGUUUCAGGAAUAUUUUGCUUUUGUUGUAUUCUGGUCUCUUUAGUGUUUCUUAGUUAUGAUAUUAUUAGACUAAAACAUCUAUUAAAAGCAUUUGAAUAAUAAUAAAAAUAUGAAUCUAGACUUAAAGGAGUUAUUGUUUAUUCCAUAAUAAUAUUUGGCUAAUCUAUUUCUUUACUUGUGUAUUUCUUUACAACUGUUUUCCUCAAAAGUUUAAAAUAAAUUGAAAGUUAAUUUAUUUAAUUAAAUUUUAGCUCAUUUUGGAACUUCUUUUUGGGUAAAUCUAUUUUGUUGCAUUUCUCUUAUAAUAUUUGCAAUUUACUACCGAAAAUCAAAAGGCAGAAUUCUAAGAUUUUAAAUUAUGGAAAAAUUAAUAAAUUAAGAAUUAGCUGAAGAAUCAAUAAAUCAAUAGGAGAGUUCAGAAAUGCAUUUUUGA